GGAUGGGAUUACAGUCAGGACCAGUACACCUCCACCAUCGUCUCCGAGGUCCACCCACAAGGUUGAAGCCCUCCAGGCUUCCGGAACCAAGGCGCAGUUAGCGCCGCGUCUGCAACUAACAUGCGGGAUUACGAUGAAAUUACAGCCUUCCUGGGGGAAUGGGGACCGGCUCAGAAACUCAUCUUCCUGCUCUUGACUGUCAGCAUUAUUCCCAACGGUUUCUCCCCGUUUAGCAUCAUCUUCGUCGGGGAUAUCCCAGAGCAUCGCUGCUCGAUUCCCGGGAAUCUCAACCUCAGCCAAGCCUGGAUGAACAGAACCAUCCCACUGGUGCCAGGAACACAAGUCCAGUACAGCCAAUGCAGUCGCUACCGCUUGGAUGUGAUCAGGAACCUCUCGGAGGUGUUUCCAGACCCAGAUCUCCUCAACGUGUCCGGGAUCGAAGUGGAGCCGUGUUUGGAUGGAUGGGAUUACAGUCAGGACCAGUACACCUCCACCAUCAUCUCCGAGUGGGACCUGGUGUGUGAUGAUACAUGGAAAGAGCCAUUUGCUACAUCUCUGUACUUCUUUGGAAUGAUGAUAGGUUCGGGUGGUUCUGGGAUAAUAUCAGACAGGUUUGGGAGGAAGAUUGUUUUGUUUGGAACUAUGGCGGUACAGAUUUUAUUUAAUCUUCUUCUCACAUUGUCACCCAGCUGGGAAAUCUUCUGCCUGAUCAAUUUCUUCAGAGGCAUCGGUGAAAUGUCAAACUAUGUGACUGCGUUUGUGCUUGGAUCUGAACUUCUACAGAAAUCCAUUCGGGUUGCAUUUAAUUCAUUUGGAAUUGGCUGUUUAUAUGCCGUGGGAUACAUGAUGCUGCCUUUUGUUGCCUAUUUCGUGAGAGGAUGGAGAAUGUUGAUAUUGAUCCUGAGCCUGAUCAGUUUGCUGUACAUUCCUUUGUGGUGGUUUAUUCCUGAAUCUCCACGCUGGCUACUGUCCAAGGGAAGGGUAAAGGAAGCUGAAUCAAUAAUUCGAUUAAUGGCAAAGAAAAAUGGCAUCACUCCACCAGCAGUACUUUUCACUGACGAUGAGCUUGAACAUAUGCAGAAUAAACAAGUAAAAUCUGUUCCAGUUAUUCAAUUGAUAAAAUCUCGCAAUAUCCUAGUCAUCACAGUCAUUAGCAUGCUCAUAUGGAUAAUUGUAUCAAUUGGAUACUUUGGUCUGUCUCUGAACGUCCCCAAACUCCAUGGCAACGACUAUCUGAAUUGUUUCCUCUUUGGUGCCAUUGAGAUUCCGGGUUAUAUCGCAUCCUGGCUUAUCCUCCGGAAAUGUCCACGCAGGCUCAGUCAUGUAGGCAUUCUUGUUCUAAGUGGAGGUGUUCUGCUCAUCAUGAACCUCAUACCAUCAUAUCAUUCAAUUUAUACAGUGCUGGUGUUAAUUGGAAAACUGGGAAGCACAUGUGCUUUUUCCAUGAUAUUUGUCUACGUCUCCGAACUGUAUCCAACCCCAUUGAGAAACACUGGUUUUGGAGUGUGUUCAAUGGCUUGCCGAACUGGCAGCAUUAUUGCACCUUACAUUGUUUUACUAGGUAUUUAUCAAGAGAACCUACCGUUUAUUGUGAUGGGGGUGUUGAUGGUGUUCUCAGCAAUUGUGGUCUUGUUUCUGCCAGAAACGUUCAAAAUUCCUCUUCCAGAUACAAUUGACCAAAUGCAAAAUAUUAAAUGGUGUCCAGGUUUUCAGUCUGAUUCAACUCAAACCAGAGUAAACAGAGUGGAGAUUUCCAACGAGGAAAUGCUUUGAGCACAGAUCUUCACCAGCAGCCAAGCGACUGUGGAAUUCAUUGCCGUUUGGGUCGGACACCACCUCUUCAGGAGUGGCAACACCAGAAGUGGCAACUUCUUCUGUUAAGAUACAGAAUGAAACCGAGAAACCUGGUGAUUACAAUGAAAUGAUCAGAUUUUCUGAACGGAAUAGGAUUUGAUGAUUCUUCCAAAGUUUCACGAAACCAAAUUACUGGACCUUUCUCUAAGACGUUAUUUAAAAAAAGACAUCAACUUUUUACGUCUUCCUUACAUUCUAUUACUU